UGACAUACGGACACACCCGACUUGGACGCAAGGGCCCCUAUGGCAAAUCGCCCUGAGUCACCCCAAAAAGGGUCAAAUGAGAGGCUGAAACGGACCACGCUACUUACUUGAUGCGCUAGUCUCUGCCGCCACCCAUGAUCGAGCCGCCCGGUCUUGUCUGCUAAAGCCUAAUCUCUCGACGUCAGGGCCCGGUGGCCCAGAGUUAUAUACCGAACAACGCUCGCUUUGUCCCCGCCGCGACACUCGCUGAAGCCCCUCGCCCGAGCUCGACGCGCUGCCCCCACCCUGUAAUGCCCUUAUAAUCCUUCAAAGUUCACUAUUGUUCGCUGCUUUCUCUCAUCUAGCCCCAGGCUCUUCUUUCUUCGUGCGAUACACGCCCCCAUGCUCAUGCGACGAUGCGACGACGCGCUUCAGUGUACCAGACCGCCCCGCCGAAUGCGAUCAACCUAGCCUCCGUUCAACAACCCUCGCGCCAUGUACGAACCCGCACACAGAGCGGCCCGCUUGCGACGGGAACUCGUCCGCGGCCCAGCAGUCCGCGCCCUCUCCAUCGGCGUGCCGGUGUGUACUUCGGAACCCCGAACGUCGCGUACGCGCAGGAGACGGGGCAUAGGCCUCAGCAGCGCCAGCAACCUCACUAUGGGUCGAUAGCGAGCCGCUGGAGCCCGCCGAAGUUCGCAACCGCACCGCAUCCCUCGCGGUCCACGCGGAGGCCUGCGCAUAUGCGUCGUCCGACGGAGGCACAGGUAAUCGCGGCGCGUUAUCGCACCCAGAAACCGUUGCCUCCAACGCCGGUGUCGUCGACUGCGGGCCUGUCCAUGGGCCCUGGAGACAGCUUGUUCGUGCACCCGCCGUCAACGACGGUAGCAACAAGCAUCGGGAGCUUUCCGGACCCCAGAGCUGGUGGCGCGCCGUUCGUGCCGCGCGUGGAGGAGCGAUAUGUAUGUUCAACUGCCCAUAGCGAAAACAUGCUGGCUGAUUGUCUGCCACAACAGAUGCAAGAAGCAUAUCCGCAGAUGAUGGCAGCCUGGUAUGAUGGCCAUAACUUCAUACGGUGUCCGCGCCCCCGCUGUAGAGAGGCGUACCCGACACUCCUGGAUCUGGCAUGGCAUCUGCAGCUUCAUGACUAUAAGAGGCAUGCUUCCGUCCUGUGAGCUGCUAGACGCGUGACUUACCUAUAAUCAGCCGACACAUACAUUCCUACGGUUGGCCUGCAACAGCGCGCAACCUGCCCAGGUCGAAUCCCGUCUUCGAAGUUGACCUCUCCAGUUAUCACCCACGGUUUUC